GAAAGGAGCUAGGAGCUCUUCAUGUGGGUUGUGGGUCAAGUCGAAUUGCAUGAACAAAUUCUACCAUUCUUUCGUUUACCAGCUUGUUCCCAUUCUCGUCCGGUUUCUCAAACAGGAACUAAAAUAGAAUUCUUCUGUUUCGCAGUGUCUUCUAUUUGGAACGAUGUUUGUAGGUUGUCACGAAGUUUGAAUCGAGAAAAAGUGAACUUUUGUGAACAGAGAGCGGGGGUUUUUGGGUUCAAUUUUUCAUUUUGAUAUGACGGCUCUCUUAUGAACCAGCGAUGACCAGAACUAAAGAAAAAUACUUCUCCGACAAAAUACUCAAUAGCCUCCUCUACGAAUACCCCUCGCACCAAACCCACCUGCUCGAAGGCCUCAAUUCGUUAAGGACCAAAGGCGAACUUCUCGAUGUCACUCUAGUCAUAGAAGGUGUUCAAUUCAAAGCUCACAAGGCAGUCCUGGCGGCGUGCAGCGACUAUUUUCGGGCCAUGUUCACGGACAACAUGCUGGAAGCCACACAAGACGAGAUUUGCCUGAAUGGCAUCACUGCAAAAGGAUUUCAUCAGCUAUUGGACUAUGCUUACACGACGCGCCUGGCGCUGAAUAUAGCUAAUGUUCAAGACGUUUUGGAGGCUGCAUCUCACGUUCAAAUGCUUCCAGUUAUACAAACUUGCUCGAAUUUUUUGCAAACCCAAAUCGACAUAGAUAAUUGCGUGGAUAUAGCGACAAUAGCUGAAACGUAUUCCCUUUCGCAGCUCAGCACGAAGGUGUACCGAUUCAUGAGCGGACAUUUAUUGGAGUUCUCGAGCAGCCCGGAGUUUUACAGGCUAACCCCCCAGCAAUUGGAGAAUUUACUCGACUGUGAUUUACCGGUGGAUUGUUCGGAAGCCGACGUGUUUAGGAUAGUACUGGCUUGGUUCUUCCACGUCGACACCAACGAUUGUCAUCAACGCAGAUUGAACAUUCGCCUCUCCUACGCCGGGCGCAUCUUCCGGUGCAUCCAUUUCAUCGAAAUCUCCAAAAGGAAGCUCGAUAGCAUAUUGGACAAGGUGUUCGAGGAUAGAAAGUGCGAAUGGCAAUUGUACAAAAUUAUACUGCAAGAAGUGUACCGGCAAUCUAGUCAAGAGCAAACCCGCUUCAUAUCCAAUCUCCUCAACUCGCGGGGCAUGGAGAUGGCGCUCCUGAAAAUCGGCGGGUUCGGCAUGAGCGGCAUCACCAACGAAAUCACCUACUGCUUCGCCUCGGAGAGGAAAUGGAAGCACCUCACGUCCAUACCCCACGUCGAGCAAUGCAAUUUCGGCACGGCCGUGUUUAACAACGAGCUCUACAUCGUGGGCGGUUGUUUCAACCAAAGCCUGCAGGAAAACAUCCACCCGUUUGGGUUCAGAUACACUCCAAGGUACAACAAAUGGUCGACGAUAGCGCCGAUGAAGAUCGAACGGUGCCGGUUCAGUUUGAACGUGGUGGGCGAGCUGCUGUACGCGGUGGGCGGCAACAGCGAGGUGGACGAGUACGACGUGAGCACCUGCGAGUGCUACAACCCCCGAAUGGACUCCUGGUACAUGAUGCAGCCGCUGCCGGCGUACGUGUCGCAGCACGCCGGCGCCAGCUACGAGAACGACUACGAGUGCAAGUUGUACAUAAGCGGCGGCAUCGACAGGGACAACGCGCAGAGCGGGCAGAUGUUCUGCUACGAUGUGAACGUGGAAAAGUGGAAGGCGUGCACGCCGAUGCUGCGGCCGCGCGCCGAUCACGUCAUGCUCAACGUCGGGAAGUUUUUGUACGUUUGCGGCGGUUGGACCGAGGAUUCCAGGGCUAGGACUUUGGUGGAUACGAUAGAUGCUUACGAUGUGGAGGAGGAUACUUGGAGGAUAGUAACUAGGGUGCCUACGCCUCGUUAUCACGCCGGGAUAGUGUGCGUUGAGAAGAAGAUUUACUUCAUUGGAGGGUUUUGCAGCGAUGAAAUGUUCGAUAAAGAUACGGCGGCUAUCGAAUUCUACGAUUUGGAUACGGGGCAGUGGACCAUCGAAGACAAAUAUCCACAAGAUAAUAUAUGGGAACACACUUGCGCCACGUUGUACAUUCCAAAAUGUCGGGAUGAUAUGGAGGUUCUGGCUUCGACUGAAGUAACCGCUUGAUAUUAUUUUUUUUUUUGAAAAAACUCUUCGGGAGGUAGCACGAAAAAAUUUCGAAAUACAAUUUAUUUUUUAGAUGCGAGUGGUUUUCUUUCGAAUGAGGAGCGUACGAAUUGUUGUCGCA